GCCAUUCACACAGCCUCGGGCACUAUAAAAGGCCUCGGCUCCUGAGAGGAUGUACCAUCAAGUCCUAGAAGCUCAGGAGUGAAGACAAGCCUUGCUCAGUCUGCAACCAUGAAGUUCGCCCUCAUCGCUGCCCUCGUCACUGUGCUGGCCAUUGGCUCAGAGUCUGCCAGUCUGGUCAAGAGAGAAGUGCCUGAGGAGUUACAGAAGAUCAGCCAGUACUUCCAGGGUCUCGUUGAUUCCCUGAAAACUGCCGAGGGCCCUGAGUUGGCCACCAUGGCCAAGACUUACAUUGAGGAGAGCAGAGCCCAGCUCCAGCCCAUAGUUGAGAAGCUCCAUGCACAGCUGAAGCCUCUUACCAGCAUUGACGAGCAAAUCAAGCCCCUGGCAGCUUCCCUGCAGGCCCAAAUCGCCCCCUACACCGACCUGGUGCAGACCCAGGUUGAGGACGUGCUCAGGUUCAUGGUUGACCAGACCAAGGCCAUCCUGCCCAGCCAGUAAGAAACUCAAUUACAGGAAUCUGUGAAAUAGGCCUUGGGGAAAUCACCAAUCUCCACUCCCCCUCCCCUUUGAGAUGACAUCACACGCUUGUCUGAAACAAUAAAGGGGUUUAAGGCGA